CUAGGCCCCGGCGGUCUCCAUGGAGACGCGGCUCUUCAGCGGAAACACGACGCGGGCGCUUCUUCCCUUUCAGGGGCCGAGACUGGAGGCUCCGAGGGCGCCGCGUGAGGCGGGAGGGGAGAGGCAGGUAAAUCUCCGUGCUCGUCUUGGGGGGGGAGAGACUGUUGUUAUUUACAGAGACGGGAAAGUCAAGGAGUGGCCGGGGGGGGGGGAGGAGGGAGAGUUUUACUGGAGCCAGGUGAGCGGGAUGGCAGACCACAUCUUGUUAAAUUCCUUCAAGAGGGUCGCCAGUAUCCCCUUCCCCCAUCUGCUCAGGACUCUGGUGCGUUUCCUUGCUAUAGAGAACAAAGACAUUACACAGGUGAAGUUUUCCCGCUGCUGCACUUCGGGGGGGGGGGGGGGGGAGAAUUAAGCACCUGUUGAACUUCUUCAUGUCUGCCGCACAGCUGAGGGGCAAAGGAACCCCACCAAGCGGGAGGAGAAAGGGGGGAAUAGAGCGCUGUUUAUACCACUAAUAAUAAUAAUAGUAGUAGUAGUAGUAAAUUUGUAUACCGCCCUAUAUCGCAGGUCUCAGGGCAGUUACAACAUAAAAUCACAAAAUAGAUAACAGAAACAACCCAAUAAACCUGCACCCCUCCCCAACAUUUAAAAAGGGCAUGGGCUGUAAUUAACUCUGGAAGCCCAAAUAAUGUAAUGUGGAGCCCAAGGACGGGACACAGCCAGGCAACUCUGCCAUGAGUGCCAACAUUUUUCUUGUAGCUGUGUAUUUUUGUAAUAUUUUGGCUUAAAUUGCCUGGGAGUCAGGAAUUCUCACUCUUGUCACUGAUAUCACAGUGGUGGGCAACCUCAGGCCCAUGUACCAAACAUGGCCCACCAGGCCAUUUUUAGGAAGUCAUUCCCACACAUCCCGCACCUGAUACCAUGCAUGACAUUAGAUGUGGUGUGGGUAAAGAUGGGACUCCAAAGGAACCAUCAGGAGCCAAAGUUCCCGGCUGUUCCUUGGAUCCAGCAAGGCACGCUCCCAUCCACCCAUCUUGUUUACAUAAUAUGAUUUUUAUUAUUAAUCACAUAAACAUCAAUAUCCAUAAUAAUGAAUAAAUCAUAGUAAAUAUUAAGAUAUACAUACACACAGCAAAUAAGGUGUGUGUGUGUAUAUAUAUACACACACACACUAGCUCUUAAUUAUAAGUUUAAGAGAAAAGGUGGAAGAAUGGAAUAAGAACAUGUAAAAAACAAAAAUAAUUAUAAUUUCAUCUCAUAAAAUCAGGAUUAUCUAUUUUAUUACAUCAGCUUGAACAAAGGUUUUUUGUUUUUUUUCAAAAGGCAACUGAUAAAGUUAAAUGCCAUAGCUAGUUCACAUGAACAAGGCCUGAUACAUUUUAGAAAUACAUAAACUGAAGCCUUCCAUGGCUUGAGGCAUGCUCAAAAAGAGUGUCAAGCAUGCCUCCCUUUCUCUCAAAAAUGCACAAUUUCAAAUCUCAAUGAAGAUACAGGUAUGUAUAAUCCCUAACUAAAGUAUUAUAUAGUAUAUUGUUUCUUUAUGCAGAAGUAGGCAGCUUCUUGGAAACUUAAAAGACUGAGGAAGUUUUAAUUGAAUGUGCAAUCACAAUACUGUCAGUUAUUCUGUGAAAAAAAUUACCAUGUAUUGUAACAACGUGAGCCCUUCAUAUCUUGAUAAUGCAGAAUGACUCACUCUCAAGCUGAAAGUGUCAUAAAGAAUAUCAUCCGUGAAAUAGGACAAGAAUGUGCCAUGAAAGGUCAAACCGUAUCAGAAACUCUGGUGGCAUUCAUGGUAAGUGCAAAAUACACAGUUUGCUAAUGCGUUUCAUUUAAAAGCUCUUCUUUCUAGCAGUGUUAGAAACUGAAAUGUGAAAGCUAGGAGCUAAAUGGCACCUUAAACAUGGGUGCCACAACAGAAUGUCUAGGUGCUCUUUUUUAAACAACAAGAAUACCAAGCUGAAAAUGAAUGAACUGCAGCUAAACCUAUCAGUUUGCCUGACGCUGCAGCAAUCUCUUGGAAAUCGAGGUGGGGGGAAUUUCUCCUCUUAGGCCCUCAGCGCCAGCAGUGGCAGUUUUAAUCUGAAAUCUUAGACGCGGUACUGUGCCCAGAGCUCAGAAACUGCUCACGCGAAUGAAAUCCCCUGUCGCAAAAUGCGCCCAGAACAAUUGGAGUUUCAAACACUGCUUUCUAGUCAUGUUAACAUGUCACUCCUGUGGCAUUAAAAUAAUGUUAAAGGAACAGAACAUCACAAAACACGAUUGUCUUGGGGCUAAAAUGCAAGUACAGUGGUACCUCGGGUUACAUACACUUCAGGUUGCAUACGUUUCAGGUUACAGACUCCACUAACCCAGAAAUAUUACCUCAGGUUAAGAACUUUGCUUCAGGAUGAGAACAGAAAUCAUGCUCCGGCGGUGCGGCAGCAGCAGGAGGCCCCAUUAGCUAAAGUGGUGCUUCAGGUUAAGAACAGUCUCAGAUUAAGAACAGACCUCCAGAACGAAUUAAGUUCUUAACGUGAUGUACCACUGUAACACAAGAGUUAUGCAGGCAACCCUUGGAACUCUAGAAGCCAUGGACAACUAAGGAAGCUGAACGUUGAAAGGUUCAGGACACACAAAAGAAGAUGCUUUUUCACGCAGCACAUAGUUAAACUGAGGAACUCACUUCCAAAUGGAGCAAUGAGGACCACCUACCUGGAUAGUUUGAGAAGAGUAUUCAUUCAGUGGCUACUAGCCGCAAUAGCAGUACUCCACCUCCACUUGCAGACUGGGAAAGACGCAUUGCUUCUUGUACUUUCCACAGUAGUACACCUGCUCUAGCAUUUUGCUUCGUGAGCUGGGCAGGUAAUGAUGACAUUUGUAUUUACUUCCCCAAAUGCCGGGAAUGAGGCCCCUAUAUUUGUUCUCUGGAGCUCAUAACCACACUUCUCCAAGCAAUGUUUUAAAGGAGGCUAGAACUGAGAGCAGAAUAAAACCUCAUACUGGGUUGCUUCUAUCCAGUGCCACCAUAAGGGCUGUACCUCUGGGGCUCUGCUCUAUAUUUUAUUUAAUAGAAUGAUAAAUUAACCACUCAACCAUUUAUUGCAUAUUUAAAAAUCAUUUUUAGUUCCCAUUGAUUUUGAUAAAAUUUCCAAGUAAGUAUGCUUGCUAGGACCAGGAAGUUAGUCCUCAUGCCUAUUAAAUUAAACUGGGAAAUGACAUUUAGUGGGGAAACCUUGAGCAGUUGGGACAUUUAAUCUGUUUUAUUCUGCGGUUGUAUUUGGCAGUAAUAUAUCUUUAAGAGCACAAGAUAAAUAUUUAACUGGAAGCCUGGUGUUUUUUCUUUCUUUCUUUCUUUUUUUUUGUUUCUUUUUACUUAUAGGUGAAAGCUGUUGUAUUGGAUCCAAGGAAUGGAUUUAAUGUGGACAGGACCCUUACAAAGGCUGAUGUGCAAAAACUUAUUAAGGUAAUUUUGUGAAUCUAAACAUUUGUUUAACUAUUUUUAUACUGAUUUCAGUGAACUUACUAAGACUUAUCAACAAAUUAAAGCAGUCUUCCAAGCAACUCAUGAAGUCUGUGGGAAUUAAGCAGCCUAACUCUACUCAGGAUUGCAGCCUAAAUUAUUGUUUUGUGUAUAGUGUUUACCAAAUUAAUAAAAACCUAUGUUUCAGACCACAAAAUCAUUUAAAGCCUAUGCUCUCAGAGUCAUCUAAAGCCACAUAUCUCUCAGUGAUAAACCUUUGACUGCUGUCCAUUUUCUCAUUAUCCGUUGAAAUCUCCCCCAACUGCUUCUCCAAACCUGCACAAUUGGAUCAUAAUUUUGUAUACCCAGUUGAUGAACACAAAAUAUAAUGUUUGAUUUAAAUGUAAUGGAAAUUUGGCGAGCAGAUGACACUUAAUGCAUUCAGCCAUAAUAAGUAGAAUUUAAAAUAUGCCUCACAUAAAUGGCUUUAUAAGCACAGCUACAUACAUAUAUCAUUGCUUCAAACUGUGAUACAUGCCCUUUUGAGGUGUGUAGGACACCUGAAAGAUGAAAAUGCUUUGUUCUAAAGAAAGCCGCCUGUGUGUGAUUUUGAGGUUGUUAGAUAUGUUAGAUAGAUUUUAAGAAGGUGGUUAGACUAGUUCAUUGCCACUAGUGAACUAGUAUUUCAAGCAACAAAUCUCUCUGUGUGUCCGCAGCCUAGUGCUGCUGUAUUAUGCAGCAACAGGCUGCAUGCAGUGGUAUAUGAGACUGCUUGUGUAGAAGGGAUUAUUGGUUUCAAGGCUGAGGGCUGCAUAUUUGCUGCUUUAGAGUGUGUUGAGCUGCUUGCCUCCUCUCUGUAUUGAGAAUGAGUAGCUUCAUGAAGCUAUGUGCACUUCAAAGUUCAUGCAGCCACCUGGAAUCAGGCAAUAGCAAAAAAUCUAAUCCAUAUUAUUCAACUCCACGCAGCAGUCCACUUAUUAUGCUAUUUAGGAACAAGUAAAUUACAAAAACUAUGAACGUUUUGUGUCUUGAAGCUACAUUAUGGCAACGCAACAUUUUGUUCUUGCAGUGGUGCUUCUCAGCCCCUUAAUUUGUUUUCUCAAGUAAUGUUUAAGCAAAGGGCACCUUAUUUUUUAAAACUAUUAAACUGAUGGAUUCUGUUUCACAUGUAUAAAUUCUGUAGCAUAAUGUUUCCAGGUGCCCAACGGUAAUAUUAUUUUAAUAAUUAGUUAAGGGGCUUGAAAUAACUUACAUCAACAUUUUCUCUUUUUAGCUUUCCAUUGAAAGACUGCUUGACACAAGCAAUCCAUCCCUGGACACUAUUAAGAUGCAGGUUUAUUUUGAUAUGAACUAUAUCAGUCGAGGUAAUCAAUGUGUGGAGUAAUUUAAUGUGAAUAUGGUGAUGGUACAAUCCUAUGCAUACUUAUUCAGAAGUCACACUGUGUUCAAGAGGACUUGCUGUCUAGUAAAUUUACAUGGGAUUGCAGCCGCAAUGUAUCUAUUCUUGCUACAUGUGAAAACUUAUAGUACUGUAAUACAAUGAAACAGCAAAUCCAAUAAUAUGUGAACAUGCUAAGAGAUGCAAUCUAUAAGGAGGUUAUAAAUUAAAUUGCCUCUUUAAAAAAUAUUCAACAUUUACUUAAGAUUAGAGCAGUUAAUAUUUAUUGUGCAUUUAAAAUCCUGGAAGUGCAUUUGUGGUUUUUUAAAAGUUAUAUCCUAUACCAAUAAAUGGAACCGAUACAUUCCACUGUCUCAGUUUACCUACAACUGAGUUUGUGCAAUUAUGUUACAUAGUGCAGUCCUAUGUGUGAUUACUUGUAUGUAAAUCUCGGCAUGAUCACUAGAUAAUGCCUUAGGAUGGCAGCCCUAAGGUAUCAGAAUGAGAAGAGCAUGGGAGGAUUUAAGCAUGUGAAAUAUGAGCAUUUUCAACUAGCUAAGUUGAAAGUCUGUUGAUGCCUAUGCAUGGUCCUCUGUGUUUCCUCUUAGUUGAGUUAAUCAAGGAACAGCAUCGUGUUUUGGAUUCUCGCCUUGCUCCAGUGGGCAGAGAAAUUACAGAUAGCCGUGCUCGUACCAGAGAGGAAUUGGAAAGUGUUUAUCGAAAAAUUGUCAGCUAUGUCCUGCUGCGCUCUGGCCUUGGAUCCCCUACAAACAUCAAGGUCAUUAGAGAGGCAACUGGUUGGUAACUGUUUCAGAUAUAUGCCGUGAAGAGUUUUGCCAAUAUGCACGUUACUGUGGUAGUCAUUGCAUAGGAACUGAGCAACAAGCGGUGGCUAGUUGGGGGACUGUCUUUUUACUUUCUUUUGUUUUGAAGUAUUUGUAUGCUGCUUUUGUGCCUCAGUAUGUACCUGUGGCAGUUCACAGCAAAUCUAGAAACAAUCCAGAGUAUGUAUACCUCCCCGGUAAAAAAAUUCAAAGAAAACACUCAAAAGCACGUAUGCAAAUAUCUGCUCCAGAUAGCAAAACUAGUCUGAGAAUAGAACAUAAUCUGAGAGCCAGAAAAAGACACUUCACAUAUCCAACAGGCCAAAUGCAAGCAACCAUCCAACCCUUUCCUGAAGAUAUGGAGAUCUUCUGAAGCAGCAUUCAACACAGCAAGAAGGGAUGCAGACAGAAGGACACAGCCCCUGUGCUGUGUAUUAACCAAGUCACAAGUAUUGUGUCAAAGGAGCAGUGGUGGGGUUCUUGGCACUUGACAACUGCCCAAGCUGGCCAUUCACCUCCUUACUCACUGUGGCCUUCCAUUCAAACUAAUUGCUGAUAAGGGCAUUAUACUAUUCUGCAUACAAGAUUCUAUACCUGAGAUUCUAGGUAGUUCAUGCAGAACUUGUAGUCUGGUUGUCUGCUUUAAUGCCUUGCACAACUCCAUACUCCAUACUCCAAGCCUCCAUCCCGCUGAUGAUAUUCCUUGACCACUUACUCUUGCAUGUCAUUCAUCUCCAUCCUAAUCCUUCCUUACACUCUUCAGGUCCUUAACCCCCUCAGUCCCCAAGUCCAAAUUAUUCCGACUCUUACCUCUUGGAAGGAGUAUUAGUAGCGCAGAAUUAGCAAAUGUCUCCCAAUGGCCUUAUUCACUGACAUUUAUACUGGAGGGGGAAAGUGUGUUAAGAGUCUCUAAAUUCUGUAGAGGCUCUUGACACACUUUUUUUUUUAGAGAGAGGGGGGAGUGGGGCAGUUUAACACACGUAGCUUUGUCCAUGUUGAGUGUUAGUUUAUUGAUUAUCCUCUUCAGCCGUCAUAAGAUUUAGCAUUUUAUAGCUCUUGGUAAGUUAAAAUACUUAUACUUAACUAUGUCCAUAGGAGGGGGGCAUGCAAAGGGGACAGCAACAGGAAGAAAAAGAUUGGGAAAUUCCCAUUCCACAAGCAGAACAUUCACAGUUCUUAGGAUUCAAGCAAUGAUCUUCAGCAUAGUGGGAUCUCAAAUGUGAAUAAGUAUUUUACUAUACUAGGGGUGUUUCCAUGGAAAAUCCAGUAAGAUACACCCACACCAGGUACCUGUCGGUGAUACCUAAAUGAUUGAUUUGCAAAACGAAGCCCCGACUAGGAGCAACCCAAUGUGAACAAAUUGUGGUCUCGUCCCCAAAUAACUUCUAGUGCUCACCUUUCUGUUUUAUUUGAUGUUACAGCUGUUGUCUGCCUUUUUUUUUUUGUAUGACAUUUUCCAAAUUUAAUAUUUUACAGCUGCCCUGCAGAGUGUCUUCCCUCAAACAGAACUUGCUGCUUUCCUCUCCCUUUCAAAGAAGGAGAAAGAGAGGCAGUUGAAGGAGCUCACCAUGAUUGUCACAGGAAUUCGGUUAUUCAACAAGGAGUGUGGGAAGGGAGGAGAAGGCAUUGAUGAGUGUAGGUAUAUACUAGUAGGUGCUAAACUUGAUGAUGUGUCUGUAUUAGCCAUUUAAGCCACUUUCAAAUGUGCAGAAAUGCUCAGUGCUGACUGAUCACCAAUUUUGUAAGUAGUCCCAUCUGAAUUGCUUCAUGCAAAUACUGCAUUUACCGUAUUUUUCGCCCUAUAGGACGCACUUUUUCCCCUCCAAAAAUGAAGGGGAAAUCUGUGUGCGUCCUAUGGGGCGAAUGCAGGCUUUCGCUGAAGCUUGGAGAGCGAGAGGGGUCGGUGCGCACCGACCCCUCGCUCUCCAGGCUUCAGGAAGCUAUCAGCAAGCCUGGGGAGCCCGCGGGAGUUCCCGCAGGGCUCCCUAGGCUGCGGAUAGCAGCCUGCUUCCCGGAGUGCGGGGCGCGCUGAAAGCAGAGCGCCCGGCGCUUCGGGCACACAUCCGUAGGCUGCGGAUAGCAGCCUGCUGCCCGGAGCGCGGGGCGCGCUGAAGCUGCGACUGGGGGGGGGGAAUAAUUUUUUUUCUUCCCCCCCCAAAAAAAAACACUAGGUGCGUCCUAUGGGCCGGUGUGUCCUAUAGGGCGAAAAAUACGGUAAGUUGAUCUUCCAAAUGAGAUGUGAUAACAUGCUGUUCAGCUGCAGGUUAACUUUAUUGAAUAUCUUCAAAAUUGAUCAUCUGUACUAUAUUAUCUAUUAAAAACUCUGUUAAAUUGGCUUGUUGUAAAGCCUUUCAUAGGAUUUUUAUAUAUUUAUAUAAAAUAGAAAGCCGUGUUAGCCCCCUGAGAGAAAAAAGAAAUGUUUUUUAGUCUCACCAUGAGACUAACUUUAAAUAAGUUUCGUAUUAGAAAAAUAGUGUGAGCUUUCAGAGGUGACAACAUACUACUUCAGAUGCUUAUUUUUGGAACUAGGAGAAGCAAGGUGGAAAAGUCAGUUAGCAUAUGAUAGUUUAUUGACUAAAACCCAGUACUUUUAAAAGGUUAUUGACCCAAACCAGGAUCCAAAGAUGCCAGCAAUGUGUGCUUAAGAGUCCUUUUGCAGAUGCCCAGUCUUUUCUGCAGUCAUUCAAACUACGGUAUGUUGGAUGCUCUUCUGAGUUCUCUCAGUCCUCAAGAGAGAGCUUUCAGGGCAGGCAAGGGCGUUCAAGAGGAAGGGAACCCACAAAAGCCUUGGUGUGCUCAUAUGGAAGGCUCCAUGCAUCUCUUUGGAUGUCAGCCCUGUUUAUUAUAGACAGAAAUAGGUGGGGAAAAUGCUUGUGGUUAGUUACUGAAUUUGAGGUUGGCAUGCUUAGUACGGUAAAUACUGCCAUGUCCCUUCUAUAUGUUUCAAACCAACCCUGUGUCAACAGUACCAGCUAUUCUGAAUGAAGCUAUCCCAGCAGCCAACCACCAUGUAGAAAUAGAACUGCAAGCUUCCAAGGAUUUGGCAUACCAGUACACAGCCUUGAUUGAAAUGAUGCACCUGAGUCAAAAUGCUGAGAUAGAACUUAAAACGACAAUGUUAAAAGAAGUCCUGUACAACGUGAGACAACACGAGGCUUUCCUCUGCAUCAUUCUGGUAAGGUUGUUUUAUACUUUGCAUCCCUUCUAGAAUGCUGGCAUAUACAGUGGUACCUCGGGUUACAUACCGUAUUUUUCGCUCCAUUGGACGCACCGGAUCAUAGGAGGGGGAGAACAGGGAAAAAUUUUUUUUUCUUGUUCUCCCCCUCUAAAACAAGGUGCGUUCAAGGUACAUUCACCAGAGCUUGUGAGGCUGGCGGUGGGGAAGCGCUGCUUCCCCACCGCCAGCCUCAAAGAUCCCUGAAGCCUUUGGAGCGCAGCGCCCCGCUGCCCUGCACAGGUUUGCGCACAGCCGUCCCCAAGCUAGAGCAGCGAGACGGAGCCCUCCGUCUCGCUGUUCUGGCUUGGGAACAGCCUUGCUAGCUUCUGCAGGACAGCGGGGUGAAGGCACCCCACUGCCCUGCAGAGGUUUCUGCGCAGCCGUCCCCAAGCUAGAGCAGCGAGACGGAGCGCUCCGCAGUGCUCCGUCUUCCUGUUCUGGCUUUGGGCUUAGCGGCGCAGCCUGCAUUCGCUCUAUAGGACGCACACACAUUUCCCCUUAAUUUUUGGAGGGGGAAAUGUGCGUCCUAUAGAACGAAAAAUACGGUAUGCUUCAGGUUACAUAUACUUCAGGUUACAGACUCCGCUAACCCAGAAACAGUGCUUCAGGUUAAGAACUUUGCUUCAGGAUGAGAACAGAAAUCGUGCUCCGGUGGCACGGCAGCAGCAGGAGGCCCCAUUAGCUAAAGUGGUGCUUCAGGUUAAGAACAGUUUCAGGUUAAGUACAGACCUCCGGAACGAAUUAAGUACUUAACCCGAGGUACCACUGUACAUUAAUUGUGCCCGUAAGCUUUUUGUAUACUUAUAACUAUGCUUAUUAAAUUUAUAUACAGUAUUGCCCUUCAUUUGAAGAUCACAGGGCAGUUUGCAACAUAAAAAUAAAUUUAAAACCCAAAUACAAAACACAACAAAAAACCACCUAUAAUCCACCCACUCCCCUGAGACAUUUAAAAGACCACAGAUUGUUUAAUCAGCGAUUAAACAAUGGCCUGGUUGAAGAAGAAUGUUAUUGCUUGGUGCCUAAAGAUCUGUAAUAAAGGAGCCAGGUGAGCCUUCCUGGGGAGAACAUUCGACAAACAGGAAACCACCAUAGAAAAGGCCUGUUUUCAUGUUGCCACCCUCUGGACCUCUCAUGGAGGGGUCACAGAAAGAAGGGCCUCAGUUGAUUAUCAUUCCUUUGGUACAUAUCUUUAGACACUAGGCAAAAACAUGCCUCUUCUCCCAGGCCUUUGGCUAAUUAAACAAUCUGUGGCCUUUUAAACUGUGGCGGUGGGGGGUAAGAAGUGUCAUUCUCUGUAGUACAUGAAGCAAUAUAGGAGUACAUGUCCAGAUGACUGAGAAUCUAAUUAGAGAUUGUCAGUGUGUGUGUGUGUGUGUGUGUGUGUGUUCCAUCCCAUAUUUCAUUUAAAGAGCUCAAGAUGGCAUACAUGGUUCUCUCCCUGCCCCCUGCUUUGUCCCAUUAUUUAUCCUCACAACAACCCUGGGACAUUGGUUAGGCUUGGAGAUACUGACUGCCUCAAGGCCACUCAACGAGCUAAGGUAGAUGUGGUAGAUUCAAUGAACUGUGGAAAUGUCCUGAAUUUCCAUUGGUAAUCUGCUGUAUGCUGUCUUUUCAGUCUGAUGUGAUCACAUGUGCACAAGAAGUUGAUAUGAUGCAGAAGCAGUUUGCAGCACAGAUGGAGCACUUAAAAAGUAUUGUUCAGGCAAAGACAGCAGUGCCUACGUCUCUGGUUUAUGUAAGUUCCUAAAUUGCAAGAAUGUAAAAAGGACUAGCUUGUGUUUGUGUGCUGAGUUAGUGACACAGACCUCUUUUACACCGAGAGACAGAGAGAGCCUGGAUCCUUGCCUUUCUGUUCAGCUAGUCCAAGGGAGUUUUGAGCUUGUUGAUAGUGCUGAGAGAGAGGUCUUGACCCGCCCCGGCCGCUGCCCCCGAUGUUUUCCCAAUUUCAACUGCCCCCAGGAACUAUACAAUUUGUUACAUACAACAAAGCAUACAGGUGCCCAUAUGAUACCAUAGAGCAUAUUGGGGUGGGGUAUUCAGAUUAGGGAAAUAAUCCAUUACAGGGACAGGGGAGAAUUAACCCACCCAGCAUCUUCAUGCAGCUUUAUUUAAAACAAAAAACCCUGCAGGACAUCAGAUCUGUCAUCGUAGCAAGUUUGUCUCUAGGAUUUUACACAGAGCUGCUAAAAAAGAAAGUACUGUAAGUUCUGUAGGUUUGUACAGAUAGCUUUCUGUCAGUUUAACAGCAUGAAAAUUCCCUGUUCUCUGUUUAACUUUCAUCAGAGGAAUCUAUUGCUUUAUUGUAUACAAGGAGUAAAUAUCCUGGCAGUGUGAUAGUCUUUGGUCCUAUGCUGUGCUAGAAAUAACAUAAAGAAAUCAGGGAUGCAUGUUAAGGAGAGGAGAGAGGGUAAAUAUUCCUUCAAAAAUCCUUUACAAUUAAAAUUGUUAGGGUUUAAGAUAAUGAAUUGCACCCCCUGCUUUUGUCUCCUCACCUGUAGAGUAUAUAUAAAGAACAGCAGACUACAUACUUUUGGUAAGCAGGCAGCAUAAUUUUGCAAAUACAAUUUCAAUUUCUUUGUUUUUCCCCCCUCCCAGCCUAUAUUUAUUGCACUUUCUAACCUUUGGACCAGUUUUCAAGACGAGAUCCUGGUGCUGAGUUUCCUCAAUAACUUGACUAUCAAUCUCCAGCAGUUCCUAGGAGCCCAUUCAGUUAUUUUUCCAGAAGAUGUGAUGGAAUCUCUUCUUGAAGAUGUUAUUGUAAAAACUGAUGAGGAAAGGUUAAAAGAAAGUGCUGGUACUAAAACCAUAAUUAUGCAUUUUGAAUUAAUGUAUAAAUUCCAUGGAAUACUCUUGCUAUCUUCAGAUUCUUAGCCCUUUGAGAGCUAGAGCUUCCAUUUUAUUGCUAAAUAAGGAUCGUGUGUCAUAAAAACCACUGAGCCUCUUUGGCUUGCUGAUUGGAAGGUUGGUGGUUCGAAUCCCCACAACAGAGUGAGCUCCCAUUGCUCUGUCCCAGCUCCUGCCAACCUAGCAGUUCAAAAGCACACCAGUGCAAGUAGAUAAAUGGGUACUGCUGUGGUGGGAAGGAAAACAGUGUUUCCGUUUGCUCUGGUUUCUGUCAUGGUUUCCCGUUGUGCCAGAAGCGGUUUAGUCAGACUGGCCACAUGACCCGGAAAGCUGUCUGUGGACAAAUGCCGGCUUCCUUGGCCUGAAGCAAGUUGAGCGCCACACCCCAUAGUCGCUUUGACUGGACUUAACCAUCCGGGGUCCUUUACCUUUUGCCUUUACCAUGUGUCAUGCACUUAUGGCUAUAUAUAUAUAUAUAAUAAAAAAUUGUAUGGCUGCCCAAUAACAUAUGUUUUCUGGGUUGCUCUUAGAAAAUUAAAAUAAAAAAAUAAAAUGCAGUAUCAAAACCUCCUGUUCCGCAAACUAUUCCUAGGCCACACUAUAGCCUCAUCUUUCUAGAACAUCUGAAAAUAGUAAGUCUUUCACAUACUGCUGCUUUUUUAUUCAGUCUUGAACAUGGUGUGCAUACCUCCUCUUCCUCCAUGAAACACAUAAUAUGCAACAUAAGCCCUACACAGGGAGGCUAUGUAGUGCCAUGCACACAGUUUUCCAACACAUACAUGAAUUGGAACACUUGUCUAGUAAGCGUCAGAACCAUGCCAUGUCUGUUCUGUGUGUGGAAUGAGUAUCUUGUAUACUCCUGGCCUUAAAAGCUGUGCUAUGAUUCUGUUGUUCUCAUGCAAAGCAGAAGCAUUUCCUUCUAAGCUGAGUGUGGUGAGACCUAGUCUAUAAACACUAAUUACUGGGAAGUUAGCUGCUCCAUGUAACUUUGUUAGUUUCCGAGUCAGAAUCUGCUCAUAGUUUCAACUAAGAGAUCUGGGAAGAAACAGCAGUGGUUUUUAUUUAUUUUUUAAAAAUAUUUUUAAUAAUAUUUUUAAAAAGUUUUAAAUAUAGAAUCAUAGAAUCAUAGAGUUGGAAGAGACCACAAGGGCCAUCGAGUCCAACCCCCUGCCAAGCAGGAAACACCAUCAGAGCACUCCUGACAUAUGGUUGUCAAGCCUCUGCUUAAAGACCUCCAAAGAAGGAGACUCCACCACACUCCUUGGCAGCAAAUUCCACUGUCGAACAGCUCUUACUGUCAGGAAGUUCUUCCUAAUGUUUAGGUGGAAUCUUCUUUCUUGUAGUUUGGAUCCAUUGCUCUGUGUCCGCUUCUCUGGAGCAGCAGAAAACAACCUUUCUCCCUCCUCUAUGUGACAUCCUUUUAUAUAUUUGAACAUGGCUAUCAUAUCACCCCUUAACCUCCUCUUCUCCAGGCUAAACAUGCCCAGCUCUCUUAGCCAUUCCUCAUAAGGCAUCGUUUCCAGGCCUUUGACCAUUUUGGUUGCCCUCCUCUGGACACGUUCCAGUUUGUCAGUGUCCUUCUUGAACUGUGGUGCCCAGAACUGGACACAGUACUCCAGGUGAGGUCUGACCAGAGCAGAAUACAGUGGCACUAUUACUUCCCUUGAUCUAGAUGCUAUACUCCUAUUGAUGCAGCCCAGAAUUGCAUUGGCUUUUUUAGCUGCCGCGUCACACUGUUGGCUCAUGUCAAGUUUGUGGUCAACCAAGACUCCUAGAUCCUUUUCACAUGUACUGCUCUCAAGCCAGGUGUCCCCCAUCUUGUAUUUGUGCCUCUCAUUUUUUUUGCCCAAGUGCAAUACUUUACAUUUCUCCCUGUUAAAAUUCAUCUUGUUUGUAUUUAAAAAAUAUUUUUAGUACACAGGGUUGUCAUCUUUAACAGAGCUUGCUGUGUACUUCCCCAGAUACUUGCCGAGUCUGUACAUUGGUAAGGAAACACAUUAUUCCAUAGGUGCCACCACUGGCGGAGGAAGAAGAGUAUGGGGGGAAUGCACUGGCCCUGGCAGUGCGAUCCCGGCAGGGUGCCAUCGCAGCUGCUCCCCCCGCCUGCGCUGGGUGCCACGCCCCCACAGGCAAUGUGCCCUGCCCCCGCCUGCUCUCCGUCCCUCGGUGCUGGAGCAUGAAGCUCCGCCACUGGGUGCCACAUGGGUACAGGAAUGUCUUCUCUGAGGGAAACCUUAAACAGCAAAAGGUUACCUGGGUCUUUGUUUUUUGCUGCAGCUGUUUUGAUGAAUUGUGUUAUUGUUUGGGGAAAAAAUACGUUUUAAAAUAAAUGUUUUGUGAGCUGUUCUGAGGGCCAAUAUUGUGGAUAUAAGUAAUAAAUAAAAGUUGCCUUGAACCUUCCCACCUAAUAUGAAAUACUAGAUUAUUCAGUACCUCACUAGGUACUUGUGCCAUGGGAUUCAGUGGUCUCAACCUUACCCAGUAACCAUGUGUAUACAUGGGUAUGAUCUGGGGUGUUUCUAGGUAGGACCUCAAUGUUGCAAAUGGGUUAUUGAGAUACAGCAAAUGGGUCCUUGGCAACAGGUUUUUAACAUCAUAUUGCCCCCAGAAAGGGAACAUCUUGAUUAAAUGCUGGGGGGUGGGGGAAAUAUACUCUUGUCAUUUUUACACCAACAAUAUUGUGUGGACAUUGCAACUAAUAAUAAUAAUAAAAAUCUGCACGCAUAAGCAAUUUUCUCCUGCAAUAAAUACCUGUCUAGAAGCACUCCCAUUUUUUUUCUGAUACUGAAAACAUAUCCUAAGCUGCUGUUUUAUUUUAAUAUUUCAGAUAGCAAAGUAAAUCCCGCCGACUUUACCGUAGAAGAAUGGCUCUUCCCAGAAACCACCAUUAAUUUCAGCCAAGUGCAAAUUCAGUACCAUGGGUUUUGUGCUUACACUUUUGCCGUGAAAGAUGGUCUUCUUAUCCCAGGUUUGCCAAUUGUAGAUAAGUCCCGUUUGCUUUUUAAGAGCAUUCUUACUGCUUCAUAUUAUGCUUUAAGUUGUAGACUGCCUUGCUUUAUUUUUAUAGAAGUUUCAUGUAUAAAUAAAAUAAAAAUACCUGACAUAUAAGGAGCUUGCCACCCAAACUACUGGGGCUUGGCUUAUAAAUGGAGAUGGAGAAGAAUUUGAGGCAGUAGGAAUGUGGGGGUGAGGAGGGAAGGAACAGUGACAAGCAUUUGGUAGGCGGGAGAUAAAGCUGAGGAAGGGAAUUAGAAAACUGGUAUACACAGUGGUGGUAGCUGGGACAGAGAAACUACGGAAAGGAAGACCACACAUAUCAACAAGACAAGGGCAAAUCCAAUCAGUGCCAGUCUACUGGAAACUAAUUCUUUAACAGCACCCUGUUUAGAAUUCCAUUCAAAGCAUAAAUUUGUAUUUUUUUGUUCAGCAAAGAAACUAGAAUUUAACAGUGCAAUUUUUAAAAGGGUAUUACUCUUUUUACUGAAGUAAUCCACAUCAUGCAGGAUUAGCUAUGACAUACUUUACUCUUGUUCUUAGUUCAUAGAAAGUGGUUUGCUGAGGGAGAGCAUGGUUUAAAGUUGACUGAAUUUUCAGGCAGGUUAGAACUAGAGCCAUUCUUAAUUUCAAAAGUGAAAACACUAUAAUCUGCAUCAGGAAUGUCAUGAAGAAAUCCUCUGUUCUUUUGUGCUUUGUUGUCAGCGAACCUUGCUGUUGGAAUCCUGAAGUUUCGGGAGAAAUAUUAUGCCUUUAGUUCCAAGGAAGCGGCAUAUAAUUUUGCCAAGAAUCCAGAGAAAUGCGUUAAGAUGAUUGCAGAAAAAGCAAAGGAAUCUGCAGAGCUUAUUCAGCUGCUUGAACUUCAUCAGCAAUUUGAAUCCCUUGCCCCUUAUUCUCAGGUAUUCAACACAUUUAUCCUUUACUUAUUUAGGCCACUCCAAGAAAGCUUCAUUCUAGAGAAAAGCCAAAUAAGAGGCAAUAUGAGAGAACUUACACAUAGCAUGGAGAAAGUGGAUAGAGGAAAGUUCUUCUCCCUCUCAAAAUGUGUAGAUAUCCAAGGAAGAUGAAUGCUGGAAGAUUCAGAAGAGAUAAGAGAAACUACUCCUUCACACAGCACAUAGUUAAACUAUGGAGUUCUGUCCCACAGGAAGUAGUGAUGUCCGCCAACAUGGAUGGUUUUAACGGGAGUAGACAAAUUUAUGGAGGACAAGGCUAUCAGUGCCUACUAACCACAGUGGCUGUGUUCUUUAUCAACUGUUGGAUGCAGUAUGCUUCUGGGAACCUUAGGAGAGAAUGUUCUUGUGCUUGGUCCUGGUUGUGGGCUUCCUAUAGGUUUCUGGUUGGCCACAGUGAGAACUGGAUGCUGGACUAGAUGGGCCAUUGGCCUGAUGAAGCAGGCUCUUGUGUUCUUAUGCUCCAAAAGCAAUAUAGCUACCAUUUUAUUUUUAUUUUUUUAAAUGAUAUUUAUUAAGGUUUCCAAAAAGAAAAGUUACAUAUAUAAAAAAGAGAAAAAUAGAAAAAAGAAAAAAUACAAAAUACAGAAAAAAUAAAAAAGACUUAAAAAACAAAUCAAUCUUUCCAUACCUUACAUUUCAUUUACUUGUUUCCCUGACCUCCUCACGCCUCCCUUUUUUGUAUUCCAGUUCAGUUAAUUAAUUCAGCAAAUCCUUUCCCUCUUUGUUUUUAUCUUAAUCCUUUAACUUAAUAUAUUAUAGCUUUAGAUUCUCUCCUGUUAACAAUCCAUUUUUACAUACACCUUAUAACAUUACUGCUAAAACCACUUAACUUCAUUCUGACAUCAUUCUAACAUUCAUUAAUUUUGCAGUAUUUCUGUAAAUAGUCUUUAAAUUUCUUCCAAUCUUCUUCCACCGACUCUUCUCCCUGGUCUUGGAUUCUGCCAGUCAUUUCCGCCAAUUCCAUGUAGUCCAUCACCUUCAUCUGCCAUUCUUCCAGAGUGGGUAGAUCUUGUGUCUUCCAGUACUUUGCAAUAAGUAUUCUUGCUGCUGUUGUGGCAUACAGAAAGAAAGUUCUGUCCUUCUUUGGCACCAUUUGGCCGACCAUGCCCAGGAGAAAGGCCUCUGGUUUCUUCAGAAAGGUAUAUUUAAAUACCCUUUUCAUUUCAUUAUAAAUCAUCUCCCAGAAAGCCUUAAUCCUUGGGCACGUCCACCAAAGGUGAAAGAAUGUACCUUCGGUUUCUUUACAUUUCCAACAUUUAUUAUCGGGCAAAUGAUAGAUUUUUGCAAGCUUGACUGGUGUCAUGUACCACCUGUAUAUCAUUUUCAUAGUAUUCUCUCUUAAGGCAUUACAUGCCGUAAACUUCAUACCUGUGGUCCAUAACAGUUCCCAGUCAGCCAUCAUUAUGUUAUGUCCAACAUCUUGUGCCCAUUUAAUCAUAGCAGAUUUUACCAUUUCAUCCUGAGUAUUCCAUUUCAACAGCAAGUUAUACAUCUUUGACAAAAUCUUGGUUUUGGGUUCUAACAGUUCUGUUUCUAAUUUUGAUUUUUCCACCUGGAAGCCAAUUUUCUUGUCCAAAUUAUAUGCCUCCAUUAUCUGAUAAUAAUGAAGCCAAUCUCGCACUUUAUUUUUUAGUUUUUCAAAACUGCAAUUUCAAUCUGUCUCCCUCUUGUUCCAAAAUUUCCCAAUAUUUCGGCCAUUUGGCCUCCAUAUUGAGCUUUUUCUGAGCCUUCACUUCCAUUGGUGAUAACCACCUUGGGGUUUUAUUUUCAAGUAAGUCCUUGUAUCUUAUCCAGACAUUAAACAAUGCUUUCCUGACAAUAUGAUUUUUAAAUGCUUUAUGUGCUUUAACCUUAUCAUACCACAAAUAUGCAUGCCAUCCAAAUACAUUAUUAAAACCUUCUAAAUCCAAAAUGUCUAUGUUUUCAAGAAGUAGCCACUCUUUCAGCCAGCAAAAAGCUGCUGAUUCAUAAUAAAGUUUAAGGUCUGGCAGGGCAAAUCCACCUCUUUCCUUUGCAUCCGUUAGUAAGCUACCAUUUUAAUAAUACAGGAAGUUGAUCAGGAAGUAUCUCAAAGAAGAGGUACUUCUUAAUGCAUAAGAUUGGUGCCACACAUCUUGUUUUGGCAGUGUCUUGUCCUUACUAGUUCAUUGUGGGUUUAGCUGCAGUUAGCAUGGAGAAUAGCACAGUUCCAGAGUGGCUUGUGGUAGUUGGAUGCAUUGGUUCAGUACACUCAACACUCCAAACAGCCCCAUCUGGAAGUGUGCUAAAUGAUGUGGUGUUGAGAUAUCUUCCCCUUUAGUUUUUAUCUAAUGCUUGGUUGGAAGGUGAAAAUGUGGAAAUAAAAAAUAGCUAUUCCUUUUUGUUGUUGUUACAGAUCAGAGCCAAAGACAAGAAGAGUAUGAAACCCAUCACAAAAUGUGACACCAGUACUCAGACGGACAUCCAUAUUUUGCCACCAAAUAUUGUGAAGAACUAUGAGUGGAAUGAAUGGGAACUGAGAAGAAAAGCCAUCAAACUGGUUUGUGUCAACAUGAUUUGAGAGACUAGUUCAGACAAACUACAAAUAACAAUUACCUCUCAGAUCUUUUCAGACUUAACUCCAUGCAUUUGACCUUAAAUUUUUGAGCCCCUCCAUCUUUUGUUUUCAGCUUUGUUUGGAAUAGCAUAGUGCAACAUUCAUGCUGAAGCUUUUACUUUGUUACUUUAAAAUGUCUAAACUUCCCUUCAUCGUGUCUGGGUGGUGUACAAUAAUGAUAAUAUAAAUAAAUAUAUAAACAUCACAUAUCCUUCAUAACAAUAAAACUGACAGGUAACAAACCUAUGAAGCAGACAGUGGCAGUAAAAUGAAUUAAAAUGCCUGGGCAAACAAAAAGAAGUCUUGAUCUUGCACCAAAGAAAUGGAAAGUGCUUUCCCCUUGCUAGUUCAUUGUUGACAUAGGCUUUAUACACAUCCUAGAAUUUGAUCAGUUUAUUCAAUCCACCCUUGAUAAGAAAGUAUAAAUCAUUUAUAAGUCUUUCAGGCAGUGCAAUCCUUUAACAUAAUCUCACAUUAUGUUAAAUGCAACUGUGAUUAUUCUUUUAUCUUUUUUUUUUAUAUUCAGGCAAACUUGCGCCAAAAGCUAACUCACUCAGUGCAGACCAAUCUAAGUCACAUGAGAAGGGACAACUGCAGCCAGGUGUACCCACUGAAGGAUAAUGGCACACAGACCAAGCGCGAAAGCAAUACUAAUGUACCCAAGCCUCAGAUUUUCCUGGCUGGUCUCCGUGGAGGAACACCUCCAACUACCCGCAUGAUCAAAAUCAACUUAACAAGAGCAGUUGAUGAAACAUAAAUGACAAGUCCUUCAAUAAAUGAACUUUAAAAACAAAAAGCAAA